AUGUCGAGCGCCCUCGUUGAGGAGUUGAGGGGAAUGGUGGAGGAGCUGGCGGAGAGGGGGAGUGGUGUCUCUCCGCUGCCUCCAAAGCCGAAGAAGAAAGGGAAGAGGGGGAGCUCGGCAUGCUGUGAGAGGGAGGGGGGUGAGGGGGGGGAGGGGGUGGCCAAGCGUGUGAUGGGGGAGGGAAGAACGCCUUUGGCAUCGCUGUUUGCCUCAGCCCCCCAACAGCUGGUGGAGGGAGACUCCCAGGGCGUGGCGCUGGGCUGGGUGUCUGAGGGGGGAUCUCAACUCCUGCUUGGGGAGGUGGGAUCUCCUGCUCUUGACCUCAGUCCAGCUGCCGUUGGGGAGAGAGGAGAGGAGGGUGUUGGUGGGGAACCCAGGAUGCAGGGAACUCCAAGGCCUAACACCAUCCCUGCAUCCUGGAGAGCAUUUUUGUUGGAAGAGAUGGAGCAGCAAAAGCCAAUCAGGCAGGUUCCAGGGAUUGGCUUGGCCAACACCGUGAGGUUUGCCUGGACGGACAAGGAGACGGAGCCAUGGGGACGAGAUACGUUUGGGAGAAAUAUCCUGAUGGGCUACCUGAAUCUACAGGUUAAAGAUGUUCUAUGCCUUCAGGGGAACCCGAUGGAGAAGGCAUAUGAUGUGACGUUUCAUGUGGAGGAGAAGCAUGACGAUAUUAUGAAGAAGGUGAGGGAAGGGAAAGGAGCAAGACCCCUGUGCCAUUACGAGGUGACCAGCCUGGCAAGGAACAAUUUCAGGGUGGUCACCGUCACCAUGUACAAUCCCCAUGUAAAGGAUGAGGAGGUGAGGGCCUUUCUGGGGAGAUACGUGGAAAACGUCUCCUCAGCGAGGCACCUCAGGGACUCCCUGGGGUUCUGGAACGGGAGGAGAGGGUUCCAGGCCCUUCUCAGGGAGGACCCGAAGGGUUUAGGGCGUUGUAUGGCCUACGGUCAUAUCCUGGCCUCGUGCAACACCAGAAAAUGCAAGUUCUGUGGGUCGGGAGAGCACGAGGCCAAGGACUGUGACGAGCCCAAGGCUUGCCACGGGUGUGGCUCGUCAGCACACCUGUGGCGUGAGUGCCCGGCUCGUCAGAGGUCGUACGCGUCUGCAGCUGGAGGGAGAACGGGGGAUGGGGGGAAGAAAGGAAAGUAA